AUGGGAGAGAACAAUAUCUUUUUUUUGUUAAUAUUAAGUGGAAUUCUUUAUUAAAGUAAUUCUAUAAAUAUUGUUAGCAUAAUGUGCUUGUCCAAGCUAUUGCUAGUGUAGUGGCGGCAGUUCAAUAUGCAAUACUUGUAACCCAGAUUACUAUAAGAGUGGUAAUAAUUGUUAUGCAUGUACAAAACCAUGUGCAACCUGUUCAACAAAUGCUACAACUUGUACUGCAUGUGUUGAUACAACAAAUUAAGUAAUUUCAACCUGUGCAUGCAAUAAUGGUCUCAUAAUGAAUACAUCAACCUAUUUGUGUGAAAACUGUCCAAGUAAUUGUAAAGUGUGUAGUUCUUCAACUAUAUGUACUUCGUGUAAUGAUAAUUAUUGGCUAAAUGGAAAUUCGUGUAGUCCAUGCAUAAAGCCAUGUUUAAAUUGUUCAUCAAGUGGUAGUAAUUGUAGUACUUGUGUUGAUACUACAAAUCAAACGCCAUCUUCAUGUAGUUGUCCAUCUAAUUAUAUAAUGAAUACUUCAAAUUACUUUUGUAAUUAAUGUUAAUUUCCAUGUGCUACUUGCUAAACUACAGUAAGUUAUUGUUUAACAUGUGCUUCAACAUACACUAUAGAUUCAAGUACUCAUACAUGUUCGUGCUAAAAUAAUCAAUUUGAGGUAAAUAGUACACCUAAAACAUGUCAAAAUUGUUCAAGUCUAUGUUAGACUUGUACAUUAUCUGCAACUAAUUGUGGUUCUUGUGUAGGAGGAUUACAUAGACAUCUAGAUAAUAAUUAAUGUAUUUGUGAUAAUGGGUAUUAUGAAAAUACCACUUGUUAACCAUGUUAAUUACCAUGCAUUAAUUGUACUUCAUUAUCAGUAUGUACAUCCUGUAAUGAUUCUACUUAUCAAUCAGGAACAACUUGUUAAUGCUAAGCAACUUAUUUUAUGAAUGCAUCUUUUAUGUGUUAAAGUUGUGUUGCUCCUUGCUAAAAUUGUACUUCUGAAAUGUUAUGUACAUCAUGUAUAUCAAAUUAUUACAAAUCGGGAAAUACUUGCAUUUAAUGUACUUCACCAUGUUACAAUUGUGUUGAUUUUCCGACAAAAUGUACAUCAUGUGUUAAUACAAAUGUAACGCCAAUCAAUAAUGUAUGCGGAAGUUGUUCUGAUGGUUAUUUCACAGAUGCAUCAUUAAAUUGUUAGUCUUGUAUUCAUCCUUGUACAAAGUGUUAAACAAAUGGUAAUCAUUGUUUAGAAUGUGCAACUACUUUUGAAAUGAGUACUACUACCCCAAAUACUUGUGUUUGCCCAGCUAAUAAAUAUCUAGUAGUAACUAAUACACCUAAUAAUUGUUAAACUUGUACAUAACCAUGCAAUACAUGCUUAGGAACAGCAGUUCACUGUUUAUCAUGUAUUGAUACUCAUUAAACUGUUGAUGGAUCUAAUUAAUGUGUCUGUAAUGUAGGGUUUUUUAUGAAUGGAGUAAACUGUGGAGCAUGUGUAACUCCUUGCCUAGAAUGUUUAGGAACUGCUAAUUACUGUACUGAAUGCAAAGAUAUACGGCAUUAUAAAAAUAAUGGACAGUGUAUUUGUAAUUCUGGUUACGUAAAUGAUAAUGACUUUAAUUGUAUUCCUUGUUAAGAUCCUUGUUUAAUUUGUUCUGUAAAUGAUACUCAUUGUGAUAGUUGCAGAGAUUCUAAUCAUUAAAUUAAUGCAUCUUAUGAAUGCAUUUGUAAAGACACUUAUUAUUCAAAUGCUAUAGAUACAUGUGCACCAUGUGUGCUACCAUGUAAAUUAUGUGAUAGUAAUGGAUGCUUAACAUGUAUUGAUACUAAUUAAAUCAUAAAUUCUUCGAAGAAUUGUAUUUGUAAACCAGGAUUUUAUGAAGUAGGCUUAAAUUGUUCAUAAUGUGCAACACCAUGCAAAACUUGUGAAAUCGAUUAAAAUCGUUGUUUAACAUGUAUUGAUAUUCAUUAAACUCAAAUCAGUAAUUAAUGUAUAUGCAAUGAUGGAUAUUUUGAAGUCAAUCAUAUUUGCUAAGAAUGUUAACCACCUUGUAAUAAAUGUCAAAAUACAGAUGAUUAUUGUCUGUCAUGUGUAGAUAUAAAUCAUGAUCUAAUAAAUAAUAAAUGUGUAUGUAAAUAUGGAUAUGGAUAAUCAGGAACUAAUGGAACAGCUUGUUCCCUUUGUUAAUAACCUUGUCUUGAUUGUUCAACAAGUGUAAAUACAUGUCUCUCUUGUAUUGAUACUAGUAUAUUCCACCUUGAUAAUGACAAGUGUUUAUGUUAACAAGGUUAUUUUUCUGUUGGAACAAACUGUGUAUAGUGCUCAUCAUAAUGUUCCACCUGCAUCGAUGUAUCUAAUAAAUGUUUAAGAUGUUCUGAUCCAAAUUCAGUGUUGAAUCAAAAUGAUUGCAAUUGUAAACCAGGCUAUUAUUAAAAUAAUUCUAUGAUUUGUGAAGAAUGUUAACUUCCUUGUCUAACAUGUAUUUCUAAUUCUAAUUAUUGCACAUCUUGUCAUAAUCCAGGAAUGCAAUAAGCAAUUGGAGGAUAAUGCAUAUGUAUAGAUGGAUAUUACAUAAUCAAUAAUUAAUGUGAAAAAUGUAAUUAGAUUUGUAGCAAAUGUGAUUCAUAUAAUAAUUGUACUUAAUGUAUAGAUGGGCAUUAUUUACAAAAUUAAAAGUGUUUAAAAUGUCAAACGCCUUGUUAAUCCUGUUUUGAUGAGUAUACUUGUAAAACCUGUACUGAUAAUUAUAUUAUGAAUAAUCUAGGAAUAUGUAUUUAAUGCAUUUAAAAUUGCAAAAAUUGCAUUGAUUCAUUAAGUUGCAUUACUUGUUUUGAUUAAUUUUAUUAUGGAAAUUAAUCUUGUAUACCAUGUUCUUAGAAAUGUUAGACAUGUGAAAAUGAUUCAAAAUUUUGUACUUCCUGCUAAAAUACGAGUCAAAUUUUAAUAGAUAAUUAAUGUCAUUGCAAGGAUGGUUAUUUUGAAGAAGAUUUAGAUUGUAAACCUUGUGAUUAACUGUGUAAAUUAUGUAGAAGUCUAUCAUAUUGUACAGAAUGUAUAAAAUCAGAUCAUGUUGUUUUAGAAAUGAAUUUAUGUGUUUGUUAAGAUGGUUUUUAUUUAGAAAAUAAAUCAUGUUAAUUAUGUGAUAAAAAAUGUCAAACUUGUACUUAAAAGUCUGAUGAUUGUUUGACUUGUAACUCUUAAAUGAAUAGAGUAAAAUAGUAAAACGCUUGUAUUUGUUAAGAUGGAUAUUUUGAAAACGAUAAUAAGGAUUGUUGGCCAUGUAAUUCAGAUGAGGGAAAAAUUAUUAAGAAUUGUAAAUAUAAAAAUUGUAAUGAUAAAGUGUGGACAUAUGAAGAAGAGUGCGAUGAUGGUAAUGAAGAAUCUAGAGAUGGUUGUACUAAUUGUAAAAUAGAUGAAUAAUAUUCAUGUAUAAAUAUAUUACUUUAACCAUCAUUUUGCUUUAAAUGUGGUGAAAACUGUUAAGAAUGUUAAAUAAUAGAAUCUAAUAAGUUAUCUGUAUGUACUAAAUGUAAUCAAGGUUAUUUCCUAAUUUAAGAUAGAUGUAGUUAGUGUGCUGAAAAAUGCUUAGAUUGCAAGAAUAGUGCUUCUAAUUGUAUAAGUUGUAAAUACCAGCAAAAUUAAAAAGGGGAAUGUUAAUUAUGUCAAAGUGGUUAUUAUUUUGACGAAUUUAAUAAAAAAUGCAUUUCUAAAUGUGGAGAUUCUAUUAAGACAGUAGAAGAAGAAUGCGAUGAUGGUAAUUUAUUGUCGGGAGAUGGAUGCAAUUAAAAUUGUAAAAAAGAAAAGAAAUUCAUUUGCAAAGAUGGAAUAUGUAUUAUUCCAGAAUAUCCUGUUCCAAUGUUAUUUAGUUAUGGAGAUAUUUAAUUAUAUAACAACAUCAGAAAGUUUAAAUUAGAAUAUAAUUUAUUUUUAAAUAUCCCUUAAGAUAAUGAGGUGGAAAAAAUGAUAAAAUUAUUCAUAAAAAAAUAGACCACUCUUAAUCCUAUUGAUUGUCCAUACGAAAUGAAAACAUAAUAUACUUUGAAUAAUUCAUCAAAUAUUAGUUUUUCAAUAGAUUUCUAAAUUUUCUUUAAUAGAAGUACAACAAAAGAAGAGUUUUUGAUUGAAUAUCUUAAUCCUUCAUAUUUUCUAUCAAGUCAAGGGUAUCCAUAAAUAUUAUCUGAAGUUUCAACUACGAUUCCAGAAUAUAUUUUUAUAGAUUAAGCACAAGUAAAUCAAGUUGAGAUGGCUGGAUCUAGCAAUUCGAUAUUAUUAUAUAUUAUGGCUGUAAUGGCUGGAGGAGCAAUCUUAUUUGGUGGAUUAGAUAUUUUUUAUAAUCUAUUAGAUACAAUCCAAAUGUUAUCCUACUUAAAAUACAUUAACACUUAAUUUCCUUUUAAUUUAUAAACAUUUUUUGACUUCUUUGGUUUUGCAUAACUCAGCUUUUUCUCUAAAUAUUUAAAUCUAUAAGAAUUAAUUGAUCCUUUUAUUGAUUAUGAAGAUCUUAAAUAAAUACCUGAAAAAAUUUAAAUUGAUGGCCUAAACUCUCUUUUCGUUAUAAAUGGAUCUUCCAUAUUAUUUGUAUGGCUAACACUUAUAGCUGUAUAUGUAUUCAGUAAAUAUUUACCACAUCUAUUGUUUGAAAUUAAAUUAAAAUAUUAUAAUGAAAUACCUGGAUAAAUUGAUUUUGCUCUUAAAUUUAAGUUUUGGAUCUUGGCUAUCAAAAUAUUAAUUAUUCAAUUAUGUUUAACUGUUGUAUAGGAAUUCUUCUACAGUGGCAUUUUAAGAACAUUUUUUGCAACUGCUUAUGAUUAUUCAUUUUCAAUGACUCUUUAACUUUUUGCCUUAGAGUUGGAUUCUUAAAAUGCGCUUGUAAAAUUCAGCUCCUUUUUAGCCAUAAUAGCAUUAGGUAUCUAUUUUUUUACUAUUUAUGUCAUUACUAAAAAAUGUGGAAACUAAAAAUUUUCGAUUGAAGAAUAUUAAUAUAGACUUAAAUAUAUGUCACUUUUUGAAGGAAUAAAAUAUGGUAAUUACAGUAAAUAUUUUUACUCUAUUAGUCUGACUAAGAAAUUUUUAUUCAUGCUAAUUCUUAUAUUUUGUUAUGAGUAACCCUAUUUUCAAGUAUUAAAUUUAAUUCUCCUCUCUAUUAUAGAGAUAUUAUGGUUAACUCUUUUUCAACCACUUGAUGAUCUGAAUGAAUUUAUAAAAUAAACUUCAUGCGAGAUUAAUAAAUCUAUUGCUCUCUUUUUAAUUUCAGGAUUAGUUUUAGAUUAAGAAGUCAAAAUUUUUAGUGAAAAUAUUCGAUCAAUUAUAGGAUGGAUUUGCGUAGGAAAUAUAAGUUUAAUUUUAGUAAUUUAAUUGAUAAUUGAUGCUAUUUAAUAAUGGGUUUUCUUAAUCAAAAAAUACAAAAAAUUUAGAAGACUGGUCGAAAAAUUCUAUUAAUUUUGGAAUCCUCAAAAAUAGAAAGCUGAUCAUUCAAUAUUUAAGUGA